ACUUGUUCUCAAGGCGUGCAUCUCGGUCGGUUGUUACGAGGUCUCCGAAAACAUCUUCUCGGCAUUCGAACGAGUCAACAAAAAGUCUUCGCGUAAGAGAAAAUCCGUCAACGAAGGUGGCGUCCGCGGAGGAAGAUCCUCGAUGGGUAAUCUGAGAUAACGGAAAGUGGUCGUCGGAACGAUUAAAUAUAUUUCCGCAUGAAAAUUCCGAAAAGCCUCGUCGCUCCCUGCUGCUGGUCGGCGAGAGGAGACCAACCACAGGCUCUCAGAAGCCGGAUCCCUGCGAGAACCAGUCUCUGGAGUGACCUACGUUUCAUGACGGCAGUGUCACGAGGAGGUCGCGCCGAUCAGGUAUCCAUGUCGGACGAAAGGAUUCAUCGCGUCCGGUUACGUACAGAGCGAGGAACGACCAGCUCUGCCCUCGACUGCCGCAGCAGAGCUGAUGUCCGCUCCUUCGAUGCUGUCUCUCCCGAUCGGGCUCCAUCUGUCGAGCUCAGCUGACGUGGGAUCGGUGUGCUCGACCCUCAACAUCGUCUCAUGUCUCUCGAGGUGACAUCAGCGCUCCUCGGCCCAGGAAUCAUCAGGCUCCAACUGCCGAGCUCAGCUCACGGGAUCCAUUCGCUCGAGGUGACAGCAGCACCCCUCGGCCCACGGAUCACCAGGGCUUCGUUGAGCUCGGUGGUGACCUGAACCUCCAUCGGGAGUGUCUGCGUAACUACGAGCGCAAGGCGAUAGCGCAGCGACCGUGACCCCGAGCUGCGACUCGCAAUCGAAUCGAUGGCGGAGGAAGGGGAGAGGAUGGCGAACAUGUGGGGGGACAUGCCGGAGGACGAGUACUACGCGUCGAAGGGGGUGAAGAACGCGCGCGAGGAGUACGAGAGCCCGCAGGGCAAGCUCUUCACACAGUCGUGGCUGCCGGCAGGUGAUCAGCCUCCGAAGGGGCUCGUCUGCUGCACGCACGGAUACGGGGCCGACAGCGGCUGGACCUUCGAGCUGCUGCCUAUGGCGCUGGCGCAGCGGGGCUACGCGGCCUUCGCCGCCGACAUGCCGGGCUUCGGGCGCUCGUGGGGGAUGCCGGGGCUCGUCGAGAAUAUGGACGCCUCGUCCGCCUCGCUCGCCAGCUUCUACGACUCGGUGCGCCAUCGCCCGGCCUUCCGCUCGCUCCCGGCCUUUCUGUUCGGCGAGUCGAUGGGCGGCGCCAUUGCGCUGCUCAUUCACCUGCACAGCAGCUCCGACGAGCAGGGCUGGGCCGGGCUCAUCCUCUCGGCGCCGCUCAUCGGCAUCGGCACCGCCAUGGCCGUGCCCGAGGCUCUCCUGGCCAGCUUCAAGAAGCUCAGCCCUCUGGCCGCGCAGGGGCAAUUCGUUCCCGACGGGCCCGUCGCCCCGAACGUGUUCCGCGAUGUUGCCCGCCGCGAUCUCAUUUUCCAGAACCCGCGGCGCUACGUUGGGGCCCCGAGGGCGCAAACGAGGCUGGAGAUGGAGCGCAUUUGCGACUUCCUGCAGCAGAAUAUGGCCAAGGUGUCCGUGCCUUUCCUCGUCCUCCACGGCACCGACGACAACGUCACCGAUCCCAAUUUGAGCCAGAAGCUCCAUGACACGGCUGCCAGCCACGACAAAUCCAUCAAAUUGUACGAGGGUGCUUUCCAUUCUCUCCUCCAGGGUGAGCUCGAGCACGUCCGGGCGCAAGUGCUCGAUGAUAUCACGGCCUGGCUCGAUGCCAGAAGCAGCAGCUAGUGCUCCUGCUGCUCCUGCUGCUCCUGCUGCGCGUACCCUCUCCUGCCUGGAGCAGCGCAUGAACCGCGAGCGCCGUCCACCUGCUAGUCCUCCCUGCGUUCAUCGACGAGGUGCGAAUGAGAUGCUCCAGAGUAUGCUCCAGAGACGGACGAGUCGGGGGGCGAUGGGGCAAUCGAGGAGUGAAUGAACCUGCAUUCAGUAUCGUGGCACGAGUCUGCAGAGAACCUUUAGUUUUACCGAGAUUCUCUCUUCUGUUCACUUUGCGGUCUAGUCUGUGGAGCUAUCGUGUCUCAGGACGAAUUGGAAACAAUCCAUUCGUUUCUUGUAGAUAUGGAGUGCAUGCCGAGCUCCGUGAUAAUACCAGAACUGCCGGAAACGCCCAUUUCUAGUCGAUCGAUCAAACCCAAAUCAAGUGAGGAGAGGCAAAGAGUGGAAACAUGGCUACGAUCUCGCCAUCCCAUGCGUCGAUCACUGAUCCAUCCGUCUUGUAGCUAUUCAAAGUUUUAUGCAAGGUCCUAAAAGGUGCAGGAAGGAAGGAAGGACCUUUUGAAAAGAGUGUGAUGGAAUCUUUUCGACGUGUUGAAGUUUCACAGACUUGCAUUCGGUACCGUGUAAUCGGGUGUUCAUUACAAUGUGUACAAACCUAAUUUGAG